GGCGGGACAACACGAUGGAGGAGGAAGGGGAUGAGCUCUUCCCCCCGACGAUGAUAGGCGACAGUGCCUAGCCGCCGCAAGACGUCGCCACGUCCUGGAGACAGACUCUAACGUCAUCUGCGAGGAAAACCACCAAACGCGAAGGCGAUCAGCUGAUGUGGUCGUCGCCAGUCGCCAGUCGCCAGUAGAAACAAGUAGAAACGUCAAAGGCGCACGACUACGAAACUCGCAGGACUUUAUGCCCGAUAGAAAGAGAAUUGAGGGAUUACCGAGUGGUAUUCUGACGUAAAAUUGGAUCUUAUACUGCAUAAAGAAAGGGUGAAGAGCAUUGUGGUCCGAUAAGGGCGGAUAUCCACAGAGAAAGGAGGAAGCGAAGGCUCGCGUGAUUAACAGAUGUAAACAUUCCAAACAUCGCCACCUCGGAUUGGAAGUCGCGCCGUCGAAAAUGAAUCACGUGGAGAUCGAGGACUUUUAUCAUCACGACUUUACCACCGUCUCCGAAUGGGAAGUGUUCAUCGCGCGACUCGAGGAGAUCAUGCACGAAUGGAGGCUGCCGCAUACGAAGGUCGCGAGCCCCCUCAAACCGGGGGAUUUCGUCAACUGUCAGUGGCACGAGGCCUCGGAGAAGCUGAACUUCGCAGAUGUAGAAUUUUUGCUGAAGCACUACAAGCUAGAAAAGGAAGAAGAAGAGGAGGAUGCGGCAAAGGAGGAAAGUGAAGAAGAAUGGAUACAGUGUCAAAAGGACGCUUUGGAUGUAUCCAAUGAUUUUGUAAAGCUCAAUGAUAAUUGUCUGGAAAUAGCUCGUUAUUAUGGAGUUAGAGAAUUUCUUGUUUUAAUACCAGCUCGAAAAGGGAGUUUGACAGAUGAAACUCGAAUCAAGAUUGUACUCAGUUCGUUAACAAUUGCGACUAACAACGCAAAUUGUUACGUACCGGCAUUGGUGCAGGUACAAGAACCUUGGCAGAAAAUGUAUCUCGGCUGCUGUGCUGGUAAAGGCACGUGUGCGAAUCUCGAUAUGGUACACUUAAAGAAAGUUCCACCACAUUGCCGAUACCUCACUGGUUUACUUGCUCUUUUCAAGCAGAAAAUUGGGGAGGGCUGCGGAGUAAAGAUCGACUCCGUAAUGGUGUCCGUUAGAUUUUCUUAUCUAUUAAAAGACUGGACUAAUAGCACGUGGACGCAAGAACCUCCGGAUUUCGAUUUCAUGCAGGGAGAAACGUUAGGCGUGGCCGAAUUGGGUAAACUUCCUUUUGGAGCGACUUUCGAUCCCGUCGGGGAACUUCACCUAUUUGUUACGUGGCCGCAAAUGUCAGACAAUGUGGUGGUGGAUAGCGAAGGAUACUCGGAUCUCGAGCCGCAACUCGCUCCUGAAUGGUCUGUGCAAGUGAAAAUGGUAGCCCUGCCGGCUUGUCUACUCAGCGAAUAUAUGACAGACUUUCUGUAUCUAUGCAAUAAUCAGAAGACCAUGGUGGAACUACUGGGUGAGAGCGCGUCUUACAUUCACGAUGACGAACAGAUGCUGAGUUCGGCCUUCAAUGUGCUCACCGAGUCCAGAAUACCCACGCUUUCAACCGUUGUGGGCAGAUCGAGCGUGAAAAAGAAGAACAUCGAAGGUCCAAUCUCGGAAGAGAUAUUGCUACCUAUACUUUACUUCCUUUUUCCGGAUGCAGAUGAAAACUCGAAGUUCCCCUACAACGAUAUCACUGCGGGUGUGGAAGAUGACCAGUGGAAGGGUGUGAAAACUUGCGCGAUGGACAGCUUGGUGUGGCGUCUAUCAAUCGUCGCGGCGCACUGCACGCACAAUCUUGGCGGAGCAACCGCUUUGGCCCAGCUCUGGCAUGAGUUCGUGCAAGAGAUCAGAUUUCGCUGGGAGAGGAGUAUCCUGAUACCUGGAGUCGGGCCCGGCUUUCCAGAUUCCGUUCGCACGUGCUUGCUGCAUCAAAAGUUACAGAUGAUGAAUUGCUGCGUAACGAGAAAAAAGGCGAGGGAGGAGAACGCGCACAGGUCUCAGAGCACGGAGAUGGACGAUGUGGAGGAGACAGAGUCCGAGGAGGAUGAGGAAUUCUUUGAGUGCACGAGCGAGGAGCUGGCGAGCGAGGAGGUUUCGUCAACGAAGCCGCAAUUGAAGGCGAAGCACCUGCUGUGGAACAAACCCGCGGGAAGAUUGGCCAAACACCCUUCGCUCAGGCUGAUUCAAACUGGAGACCCUCUUUAUCUACCAAUCACGCAGGAUCCCGUACCGAAGACGGAGGACCAGCUAGAGGAGGACGCGCAGGUGAUGAUGCAGCUCGGUACAGACAAGUACGCCUCCGAGAUGCGGGCUCGAAUGAUGAGCGCAUCCCUGUUAUCCGACAUGGAAUCCUUCAAGGCGGCAAAUCCUGGCGCGGUGCUAGAGGAUUUUAUUCGAUGGUAUUCCCCGAGGGAUUGGAUCGACGAAGAAGGUAUUGACGAAUGGGGACAAGGAAAGGGUCACUUGUCGCCGCGGAUGAUGAUCCCGGAUAAUCCGUGGUCAACGACAUGGGCAUCGGCGCAGCCAGUUCCCGCACACCGGCAGAAACGACUGUUCGACGACACGCGAGAGGCGGAGAAGGCCCUGCAUUACCUGUGUUCGAAACGAAUAGGCCAGGUUGCACAGCUCUUGCUGCCGACUCUAAUGCACGCCGCGCUCUAUACUCUGACCUCACAGAAACAGGAAGCUCUACCGAGCCUGCCCGAUGUAGCACAGAGCAUACUCAACAAAUUGCAAUACGCGACGAAGCCAAUUCAUCAAAAGCUACAAGUGUAUGAGGACAUCACGCGCGACGUCGAGAGCGUGGAAGCGCUGGUCGCGCAAGUAAAUUCGUUGCAGCACAAGCUGGGCGGUAACAACGACUCCAAGGAAUUCACGUCCUUUUUGAUUCAAUUGAUGCGGGGAAAGGAGGUGAGUGUGCCCGGCGCUUCCAGAGGUGACAUCGGAGCUCGAAUAACGACGAUGUUCCGCGACGCUCAAAAGGCCGCUCAUAUGAUGACGUCCGUCAGUAACACCCAUAAGGAUACAAGUGCGGAAGAUAGUCGAUACAGAAUGUUUCCCGAACCAUCGUGCAAAGAAUUUAUUUUACGGGCGAUAAUGCCGCGACCUUCGCCAGCUUCCACGCCGCAGCCGCAACGGCUGUACGUCUGCCUUAAACGAGAUCACAUUCGUUUAGCUGGAUUCUUUUCCGAAGAUACAACGUUCUUAUAAUGUCAAACGGACGGUGUC